GGAAAAGGCAUAUACACAAAAAUUCGAGACAAUAAUCCAGAAAUACUUACUAUCACUCGACCAACUAAGCCGCUUCAAAAAGCUCACUACCCACAACGUAAGUUCUUCAUAAACAAAAAUAGCCCCUAAAUUCCUCAACUUCUUCUUCCUGAGACACGCCCAUGCGGGACUCUUACUGUGUGGAGUGAGGGAAAUCUUUUUGUGUUGAAGUGGAAGAGGUGAAGCAUUCUGAGUGUGAAGAGGUUUUAGUGGAGGAUAGUGAGGUAGAGCAGGAGGUCAGAAGAGUUGUAGAGGAGAGGUAUCUUCAAGAAAGUAUCUCAGAAGAUAAUGCAGCUCAACUCUCAGUUAGACUUAGUGAGCUUAUGCAGUUUAACACACCAUGAGGAAUACAUUGAGCUCAAGAUGAAGACUCAAGCUGAGAAGAUAGAACAGAUCAGGAUUGUACAUUUGGCCCAGCUAGUAACCAUCAAAUAUUGCUAGCUUUUUGUAAAACCCAUAAUGAAUGAAUUACUUCAAGAGUGAUCGAAGACAGGUGUCAACCAUGUGUCCAUGCUGGCAUGGUAUUUUAUUCAAAAAUUGAACUCGAAAAGAUUUUUCAAGAAAAGAUCCACCAAAUUAUAGAUAAUUUUAAACAAGUUGAUAAACAUUUAAUAAAGGCAAAGCUUAGUGACUACGUUCUACGAACCUCUGAAGAGGUUCAGUCCAUUUAUGAUUCUAGUAAUUUCAUUGCUGAGAAAGAGGGAGAAUUAUUACCAAUUAAUAGCAGUUUUAUCAACCCUCAACAAUGGGUGGAGCCAGUUCUAAAGAUGCAUCAAAGUCUUAAAGAGAAUGCUGGUGAUUUAGAAGUAAAUACUCAAUCUCUUGAAAAUACCUUCAUACCAGAAAUCAUCAAUAGAUCAUGUGAGAAGUUCCAGCAGCAAAUAAUUUUGUUAAAAUUGACUGAAUCAAUCAGCGAGAUUGAUAAGAACUCUGAUGAUUUUCAUCAAGAAAGUUCUGAGAAAAGCUCAAGUGAAGAAGAGGAAACUCAUAAAUCAAAUUCUAAUAAAGAUGAUACAGAAGAAUCCAAAGACUCACCCAAAAAAGGAGAGUCCUUCCAAGACCAAGAGAAUGACGUGGUGGAACUACAGAAUUUUGAGCAAUCUUUAGAGGCUCAGAAAAAAUUAGAUAAUAAAGAACAAAUGAGGAGGGACAGUUGCAAAAGUGAAGAAGAUUGUUUAAGAGAUGAGAUUGAACAAGAUGAGCCAAAGUCACUUGAGAAGCAGAUUUCUUCAGAUGAGUCUGAAUCACAGCAAGAAGAAUUCCUAAAGAAUGAUGGACCAUCUAAUUUAGAUUCUUGUGUGAAAGAUCAAAAAUUGAUGAAAGUAAAGCAAGAUGAUUUUGAAGAAAUCAAAAAGCAAAGAGUUACCACUCCUCCAGAAAAGCAGGAGAAGAAGUUAAUUUCAAAAAUAGGAUGAGAAUCUAGUUUUAAACAAAGCAAUAAAUUUAAUUCCUCUUCUCAUACAGAAUCAGUCAAUAAAUCCUCAUCACUGAUGACUUGAUUUAAGGAGGAUUCGAAACUUAAUAGCUUUCUCCAACCCCUCGCUUGUACAAUGCUGGCAUUUUUGAGAGUUACUAAUGAAAAAAAAGUUCAUCUUUACUUAAAGAGUCUUUCAGACUAUGAGUCAAAAUUCUCGAUCAAAGAUCUAACAGCUGCUCUUCCUGGAUACUUCCAAGGGGAUUAUGUCUGUAUUAAUGACUGUAUAUACCUAUUUGGAUACCUCAAACACGACAGGAGUUUCAAUAGAAAUAUUUAUAAGAUAGAUUUUAGCAUACCUGAAAUUUCAGUAGAGAAGGUUCAAGAAGCCUCUAAAAAUUUGUGUUCAAAGUUGAUUCACAAAUCGAUCAUCGGAAUGCACUACAAGGGUUCUAAUUUGAUCCUGAUUAGCGGAGGGUUUGACCCAGGUAGUAACCACAUGAAUGAUAAAAAUUACUGUUUUAAUCCUGAAACUAAUGAAUUAUUCCCUUGUGCUAAACUAAAUCAAAGCCGUGCUCAUCAUUCCUUGUGCCAACUUAGAGAAGAAAUAUAUGCUAUUGGAGGUAUUGAGAACUUUGAAGGCAAGACAAAACAUGUUGAUCAAGUAGAGAUUAUCAGUAUAGACCAUCUCCUUGAUAAAAAUCAAUUAUUCAACUUGUGCACUAAGGAACAUCAUUUCUCAGAUAUUGCAAUAAAUAGCGGCUGUGUUUCAUUAGGUGACAAAAUACUUGUUUUUGGCGGUCAGAAAUCUUCAUCAAAAUAUGUGAAACGUAAUGGAUUCAUUUACAAUAUUUCUGGAAAUUAUUGGGAUAACACAAAGAUAAUAACCCAAGAUAUGGGAAGAAAGGUUCAGCUUGAGCAUAGCGUCAAAUUCUUACACUCAUUUGUAGUAAAAGAAAAGCAAAGAGUUGGAGAAGAGAAAGAACAGUCUGGCUAUGAAGGAAUGUUUGAUAUGCUCAAAACACUCCAAUCAAGUAUUGAAGAAGAUGUCAGGAAACAGAAAGGAAGCUCAAAUUUAUUCCUUCAAUCUGAUGAAAAGCUGUUCUUUGUAGGAGAAACUAACCAAGGAUUCCCUAUUAUCUAUACUUUGACUGUAAAUAAGGCCAGGGUCAAUAUGCCUCAGAAGUUUGAAAUUCUUAUGGAAAAUGAGAUUAUUCGAAAAGGGUUUGAGUAAUAAGAAGUCAACCCUGGGAUUAAAAUCUUAAAGCCAUAUAAAAGCACCUACAACAAGCAUUCCAAGUU